CUUUGAGUUGUGUGCCUUUUGGCGUCAUCUGGUCCAACCCAUGUGAGACUAGGCUCUAAGGAAAGCUGUCUCAGGUGUGGACCAAUCAACUUCAAGGACAGUGCACAUUAUCAGAGUUAUGUUUUUUGUUUGUAUUAUGACUGCAGGUAUUGCGGUCUAUGCAAACAUGACUCCUUGUAAAAAGGUGUCAGUUUUGUUGCCAGAUAGAAGGGUAAAACAGCAAUUAUCAUGGUACAGUCAUGCGAAGCUUCUCGAACUCCAUGGUCAAACACAGUUGUGAAUAAGUGUUGAAGCUAAAGAACGUCCCUUAUGUACCUGCAAGUGCACAAACAGCUCUUACUCCCAGCCAAGUGACUUUACCAAUCCAAAAGCCCUGGUCUGUGAACAUUCUUCUAGGCCUUCAUCAGGUCUUUGACGAUGUGCCGUGGUGAAUGUAACCAGACGCGAACUGCGUUGACUUCCACAUGAGUUAGAGGACAAAAAACAAUCCAGCUCCCAUGUACUUCACAAGUUACGUAUUGAUUGUGUAACUUGAUGUCACUUUAUAAAAAUGUUAAACUACAUUGCUGCGCCCAUUUAUCCCGACCCCAUACUAUGAGGUAGACUUUAAAUUUUGACUUAAAACUUUCGUGAUUGCAGUGACUUUACCGAAAGAACCAAAGAAUAGGUAGACUUUACUUUGUGGAGUUGCCUCGAUUCAUAAUUCGUGUGUCGCGGUGUCCUUACAUGCCCAAGUGAAUUCACAUCUUGUGUGUUUCCUCUCAGCCCCUUCAGAUUAUCAUUUCAGUGCCGCUUCAAAGGUCUGUGUAUGCUCCUCGGGUUUUUGCACUCAUGGAAUUGGGGACGUGCACUCAUUUCGUCCACACGUUAGGGAGUACCGGUUUCCAAUGAGGGUCCUGCAGGUGACGCUUGGUCAUUUGGGUUUGCAUACGAGGUCUGAAGAUUAUGACUCUUUGCUGCUCAUGUGAAUGCCACCAGCCCCCAUGGACUUUCUAAAGUGGCGAAUGAGAGCCGCUUAUAUAGAGCCAUGGUGGUUACAUCGCCGUUACUGCGAUUUGUGUGGAUCGUGAUGUAAAUGUCCAGCGAUUUGCCAAUUUGAUGUUCUCUUACAAAUUACCAUCCUCGAUUCAAUGACCGUGGCUAAGAUCAGUGGCGAGCGAUAUCUAAACCGAUCCAGGGCGCUUACCACCCCCUUCACCAACGCGCACUGCUGGCCGGCUUGAUGGACACUGUUUUAAUGGGCAAAUGCGCACCACCAUUACAAAUGACAGGAGGAUGUCCUUUUCGUGUGGCGCUGCAUGCAAUGGCUUCGUCCCACCCCAUCUCCAUAAUUCUGUGCGACAGUGUUUCUGCUCACCAAAGCAAAAAGUCACCACACUCGUGGAUUUGAACGUACUCAAUGUCCGUUCUAGAAAUACAGUGUGAAUGACUUAACGAUACACAGCCACAGCAGCAAUAUAAGUUUCCCGCAUAACCUCAUCCCAUCCACCGCAUUCAUUUUUUUAUAUAAUUUUUUACAAACUCUAUUCGGGAGGUAGGGGGAGUAGUGCAUUGGUUGAGCGAAUUGCGCUGUAAACCCGGCGAGCUAAAUUCGAUCCCCCGGCCGUGGCCAACACCAUCGUGCGAGUGACGUUUGAACCGGUCCCUCAAUAACCCGCCCCCUUCAGCGACCCUCACUGACCAGCGCGUUGAAGUAGGGUUAAAUAAUUCCCAUGACCGGUGUGGUUGACAAAGGGCCCGACAAUCCUUGUUUAACAAUUAUGAGAAAACUGCAAUAAAGCAGUUCACAUUUAACUACAUUUGCACAAAAAACUCAUAUGUAGAAUGUUGAAAACACUUCCAGGGCAUCUGCAGAGACAUAUUGGAAACCGCUGCCCCCUGGCAUUCACCCACGGCUUUGCCUGAGCUUGCAGCCUGCCGCGUCUUAUGCAACGGGGUUGUGCGCUCACUCUCUGACGAUUGAGCGGGGGGAACGGGUGUGUGCUGUGGGCAACCACUCUUGCAGUUGUGCUGCUCGUGGAUUCACGAGCCUUUGACGCACAGCACGCGCUGUUCUUUUUUUCUAUCUCGAAUGAGAUACUUGCUGCAAACAUCCGCUGUGUGCGCUGUGCACUAUUUUAAAUCACAAAAUUCCACUGUGCAACGGUGGUGCCCAUGCCCAGUAAACUCGGAACGCUGGCCCAACGUUGGGCCAACGUUGGACCUACAUUGGACUAACAUAGGCCCAAUGUUGGGCCUAGGUUGGUUCAACGUUGGGCCUACAUUGGACUAUCAUAGGCCCAACGUUGGGCCUAGGUUGGUUCAACGUUGGUCCAACGUUGGGCCUACAUUGGACUAAUAUAGGCCCAACGUUGGGCCUAGGUUGGUUCAACGUUGGUCCAACGGUGGGCCUACAUUGGACUAACGUAGGCCCAAUAUUGGACCAACGUUGGUCCAACCAAACGUUCCAACGUUGCCCCAACGUUGGCACGUGUCCUGGAUGACCCUUAUAAGCAAAUCAAAAGCACUGCGAGCAUUUGUAAGUACAUUGUUGAAGGCACAAACAAACGUUGGAAAUAAUCUAGAUUUCAUUGUCAAAUUUAGCAAGAAUUACAUUACAGAGAAAACCUGCAAAGUUACCAUUGUAUUUGCAGAUACUUUAUUGGUUAAUUGUUUUGAAAUGUAUCAAAUAACUUGUAAGAGUAGAGUAAACCGGCCACUUUUGGCCUAACGUUGCAAGUUCACUGAGACCUCGGUGCACACACCUCUGCAUUGUGCUCUCCCGUCGACCCGUCUGCUGUGCCGUAGACAGUAUUCGAAUGCAUCGCACGACUCUCGCAAUACUUGAAAUUCCUACGGAUCUACAGAAGCGCUGCACAUUUUAACAAACGUUUGUGUGCUACAUAUUGGGCAGCUUUACAAUGAAAACAAAUUCAUAGAUGGCAAUAAGUAUUUACAGCUGCUGUUGUACAGUAAACGCGAUGUGCAUGUGAAAUGUAUGCUUCGGUGGUAAACAUGCAACGUUCGCCCAAUGUUGGUCCAACGUUGGUCCAACAUUGGGCCAACGGUUCCAAUCACAUGCCGAUGUUGGUGAAACGUUGCAUCUUUACUGAUUUCCUGUUGAUGAUUAAAUAUUAAUCAUUAUGCUUUGAGUAAUAGAGUACUCGUUUUAAGAUGCAAUCAAGCAGGCAUGCUGAUGACACAGAUCAUCUGGACCAUGAUAAAAUGAAAAUAAUUAUCAUAAAUACAUCACGACAUCCUGAAGUGAGCAGGCUUUGUGUCAUUUAACAGAGACACCAGCCACAGAAACUCGUGCAGAUGCCGGUGUAAAGCCAGGCCAUGACAUUGAGAUGAAUACCGCCCACCCUCUGGAAGCAGAUGUCACUUCCAGCAAGGGAAAGGAGGAAAACCCUCUCCCAAAGAAAAGCGAAACUUGUUCAUUUGCUGAAGUGCCUUCCGGUCGAGAAGAAGAAGAGCGUGAGUUCGCAUUGGAACAAGACGCCAUGCGUGGAUUUAAGACGUCUUCCUUCGCAGGCAUUAAAGUAGACACCCGUGACGGCGGUGACCUCGAAGGAGCGGCAGUCUCCAGUGAAACCGCUUCCUCUAAAGCAGAGGGCGCUGUAACAAGGGACGGCGUUAUCAUUCGCGAGCCCGACGUCGCUAAAGAAAUUACGAUUCCUGAUCGCAAAGGCAGAAGCGCAGAAAAUGCAGAGGACUUCAAAUUGCUGCCAACCAUGGAACGAGUCGAAACCACUGAGAUCCUGAACCCCACUGAGAUCCUGAACCCCACUGAGAUCCUGAACUCCACUGAGAUGAUGAACCCCACUGAGAUCCUGAACCCAACGAAAGAUCAGAGCUCGGUGGAUGAAGGCCAGGGUCCUGCAUCGUCUGGAUUCACGUGCGAUGAUGACACGGCCACGCAUGACCCAGAACUGUCCACAAACACUUGCGUCGACUCCAACGUGUCGUUUGCUGAGCAUCAGGUGCAUUCUGUUCAUAUGGAAUCGAACAAAGUCUUUCAAGAUAAAGUAUGUCUGAAUACUAAGGUUGAGAAUCGUGACGAAUUACAUCGAUUCCUGGAACAACCGGACGCAGAAAUAAACAACAAAAAGGCACCUCCUAACAUCAUUGUGAGUAACUUAACAGAAGUUCCAAACGAGGAGGAAGAGGAGAAUGCUGCUUGUGUUGUUGAAUCUUCAGUGCACUCUGAUGGAUUCUGUGAAGAGCAGUUUGAGGGACCUGACUCUGAGAGCGAAUGCCACGGGAAGGCUCCAGCUGCGGACAAAAUCCCCGACGAUUGCGAAGUGUCGCACGACACCUCAGAGGACGCCCAUCACGCAGCGGACGGACCGGCGGCACUCUUGCCCCAACGUCACACCUCACCUCCGUGCUCCGCAGCUGGCGAUGGAACCAAGCGUGACGGCGAGUACCUGUCAUUCCACCAGGAGUACAGUCGGCAGUCUUCUCAGGAUAUACCAGAAAUACUUGAACUGAGUCGUGAGGAGUACGUCCCACAGUCACCUCCAUCCUCUUGCCCCCCAGAUAGCGACGCCAAGGAAGAACACAGGUUCGUACCCGAAGUUACGAGUGCCGGCGAUGAGAAGCUUUCAGAAAACAGCACUUACCCUGACCACUUUAUCACCGAGUAUCCCACAGGAGCUUCUCCCGAAUGCUCGUUCAGCAGCAACUACUCGGCCACCUGCCCUGCACUGUCACCUCCAAAAAACAUUGGCCCUGAAGUGUCUACAGUUGAUUCGUUUUUGGCCCCCAUUGAUGUGCCCGAGCCUGAACAUGAAGCGGACAAGUAUGAAGAUCUACCAAAGCAAGAAUCCAGUAAUGAAACUGCAGAGGGAACUGAAGACAGUGUUCAUUUAAAAAUCGAGGGCAAGGAGAGUCCUGCGGAAGGGGCGCACGUGACGCCGCCCGAUGACCUUGCCCCAGCACCCCGCGAGCACGCAGAAUGCUUGGGGGGAUCGGCCUUGUCCUCCAGCGGGCGCAAAGCCGAAGGCGAGAUGGACCCGGAGACGAAAGAGCAAGCGGUGGCCGCAGUGGUAGCGGCGAUUCCUUCGGAAGCAGGCGGUCCUCAGGGGGGGCCGCCUGCCGUGGAACACGUCAGCAGGCAUGAGCAUGCGAGCGCGGCGGCCAGUUCAGGGGCGCUCAGUCAAGUGGAAUGCGCCGCGGCGGUGCCCAAGACGACUUGGCACAAAAGGCCCCUUGAAGUGCCCAUCGCCAGUUUAAGCGAUGGCACUGACAGUUCACGUAAUCUCCGGGGGGGCAGGGUCUGCAUCUCACAAAGCGAGGGCAGAGACGAUGAGCUUGAUAGGCCCUCGGAAACGACGGCCGGGGUCCUGCCGGGUGAACGUAAUGAGGGCAGACGUGGUUUGACCGAGACUGUGACAGAAUCUGGCGAAGGUAGUAGUAGUGACCUGGACGAGGGAGAAUUCAAGUGUGAGCGGGAAUCGAUGCCUGCGUGCGUUGCUGACAUCACAAACGACACAUCUGAAUUGGAAGACUUUGAAAAAAACGAAAAUGCGAUCAUACAGGACGGAGGCAAUGAGGAGGCUGCUUCGACCAAUAUCAUCGACACGUCGGUCACUUCUGAAGCGCGUGGAGGAGAUGCGGGACAUCUCGUCUCCUCCUCCAGCAGCAGUGAUGACGACGACAUUGAAUCAGAACGCAAAGCCACUGCUGCCGAGUCACUUCAGCGGGAGCGUGCAGUUGCCGACGACCGGCCAGGAGAAGCGGUUGGCGCAGAGGUGAAAAGUGAAUUUCCACAGGACCCACCUAUGCAAGACCAACAGGUCCCCAUGGCAACAGAAGUGGUGGAGUCCGUGAUCAUGAUCGAGGAGGACAUCCUCACCGUCAUCCAGACGACCACGGUGGAGACGGAGGAGCUCACGGCAGACGAGGCAGACUUCAGCCUGUCCGAGGCACUCGACGAGCCGUCCGAGCGGGAUGUGGCAGAGCUGCGAGCCGACAACGCGACGGAGGUGGACGUGGACACGGAGGACCUCAGCGUGGCCACCGACGUCAUAUUCUCAGAUCUAUCACUAACUGAAAAGACUGCACGCUGUGACGACCGAGGUGGAAAUGCCAGAGAUGCUGCAACAGAGGCUGCGCGAGGGGAUUCCCGUUCGAUGCCCGCUCGCGAAUUCGCAGCGUGGCAACACGAUCAGAGGAAGCCGGUCAAAGCCCUCGAUAGAAGAAACAAUCCAUCGAAAAUCCCGAGCUCGCGUAAAAAUCAAGACUCCAGGCCUGACCCACAGGACAAGAAUAAGAAGAAAGCAUCAGGUAGGAGCGCAGAGCCCACGAAACGAGCCGUCGUUCGUCUUAGAGCGCCCGCCCGGAGGAACGGCGCGGGCGAUGCCGAAGUGUCGCACGGUAGACGGAGAUCGAAAGUUACGAGAACGGAAAACUGGCAUUCGUCCGGAACAAGCAGUCCCACAAAACACCGCAAGGCAGGGGUCCUGGAAGAAUCAUCCCAAAGUCACCCAGGGCACCCACCCAGCAUGUCCCCGUCAGCCUACAGAGCCAGCGCCAGGUCCUUCUCGGUCACCCCCAAGAGGCCGACGAGUAUUAGAAUUGAUGGGAAAAUGAGUGAACCCCGCAAGGUUGCGGUGAGCCUCUACCGCUCCUCUUCCGCGGCAGGCGCGCUCGCGAUCCGCAGCAAGCCCACGACUCCCAGCGCGUGCGACGAAAAACUGGGGACGGCCACGGCGCCGAACACCCCGGGCACGCCGAGGGCCGUCCCCCCGAUGGCCCCGGGCACCCCGCGGGCGCUGCCGCCGCGCUCGCGCACCCCGACCGGCCUCCGCUCGCAGCAGUCGAGCCUGUCGCUGCCGCUGGAGAGGCGCGCGAUCGCCGUCGUGCGCACGCCGCCCAAGUCUCCGUGCCUCUCGCGCGGUCAGAGCCGGCCCCUCUCCGCGCCACUGCCUGACCUCAAAAACAUCAAGUCCAAGGUCCACUCGACUGAAAAUCUCAAGCACCAACCUGGGGGCGGCAAGGUGCACAUCAUCUCAAAGAAGUUGGAUCUCAGCCACGUUACCUCCAAAUGUCGGUCGAUGGACAAUAUCGGUUAUAAACCCGGUGGAGGGCACGUGAAGAUCGAAACAGCCAAGCUGGAGUUCGAGAACAUCAAGUCCAAGAUCGGCUCUCUGGCCAACUUGGACCACACACCCAGUGGUGGCAACGUGAAGAUCGAGAGCCGCAAGCUGACGUUCCGCGAGAACGCCAAGGCCCGCACGGACCACGGGGCCGAGAUCGUGCUCGUGUCGCCCGAACUCUCCCUGGAGGGCUCGCCGCAGAGCCGCCCCUCCGCGCCGCUCUCUCCGGCGAGCGCCCGCGGCACGGCACACGUCCCCCCGCGCCUGCACUCGCUCGCUCACGACGUGGCGGCCGCCCUCGCCAAGCAGGGCCUCUAGCGGCGGCCCGCUCCGCGCACUCCGCCGUGGCCAACACGCGCCUCUCCCUUGCCGCGUCGUUAUACCUGCCUGGCCUGGCUUAUGACGGGAACACUACGUCGACUUUCGUGUUAACGAUGCAAAGUUCCGUCGGUUGAAACUCGGCUCAGAUGCGAGGGAACCAACGGCGGUUGUCCUAUGGAUAGACUCGCUAGAAAUGUGGAAUCUCCGCUACUGGCUCAGGGCUACGGACAGGAGAUGAGCACCAUCUAUUUUCCGUCACGCUUUUAAAGAGCCGGUUGAUAUAAGUUUCGCCAUCGCGCACACCGGACGUGCUUGGAAAAGCGCCGUACCACCGCGCCAUUUCAGUUUACCAGCGAACGAUAGAAAAACCACCCUUCACCAAAACUCCGAUUUAGAGAACAAUGCAAACUAAACCCUUAGUUGAGGGCAGCCGAGUCGAGCCAAGUUAUUGCAAGGGUGAUGCAUUAUUCCCGCUUGCGUGUUACACGGUCACAAGCACCGCGUUCGUUCUUCGUGAUAGAUCACGAGCCACGCCCGCGAGCUGCUCGUCGUUAGCGCGCAGAGAGGGGCAUUUUAUUUCGGAACAGUGGGUUGCAUUUUUUCCGGGUUUUUUUUCAUUGCAGAUGCACGUACAGUGGUCCCUUGGUUUAUGAUGCCAUCGAUUAACGAUAUUUCGAUUAACGCUCUGCCUCCCAUAGGGGUCCCCCCAUUGUUUCUCUUAGCGAUACAUUUCCCAUCAGCGGUAUGUGUGUACGAUAUCACGCAGCCACCAAUUUCAGCCAAUCGGAGCGCUCCCUGAGUGGACUCGGCAGACCUCAGCCAAUCAGCGACCCACCCUUUGAUGAGCGUUUUGAGAGCCUAAGGUAAGAAUUCUUAUUUUAUGCAGUUUUUUUUCGUUAUUUAUGCAUGUUUCGAAUAACAUUCAUGCUUGAAUAUGUUCUUCUGUUUAUUUAUAAAAAUUGCGUUUUGAAAUAUUAUAAAUUAUGUUUUUAGGGUGAAAAUUAUUAACUUCUGAUCGUCUUGGAACAAAUUAAGCCCCUUUAACAUGUAUUUCUUAUAUUCGAUUAACGAUUAUUUCAAUGAACGAGGGUUUUCGUGGAACCAAUUAAUAUCGUUAACCGAGGGACCAUUGUAAUGUGAUAUUACGUGACAUUUCUAUGCUACUAGUCUUCGGUGCUCAUUGCAAGAGCUAUUGAUUGCAGCAUGUAACAAUGUACUGCAGCAUAGAUGCAAACUAUGUGUGUAUCAUACCGUAUUCCAGCAUUAAUAGAUUUACGAUUCAUAAUAGAAGCCAGAAUCAGUCAGAAGCUGGAAUCGCUUUGCUGGCUUCUGUCCUGAGGAUGCUUGGCGCGUCGUCUAGUGACACGUCGUGUUUUAAUUCUGAAUUCGAUUGUGAGAUAUCUUUCUUCAACUCGCCCACGGUGAGCUGACACAAUACUUUGUUGCGUUGUACACGUCACAAUUUCGUUUGAUUUGCAAUGCCAGGUGGUAAGGCAGUGAUGGGCAACCUGCAGCAUGCGGGUCGCAUGCAGGGGGGGGGGGGGGUGUCACGAUAGUGAGAUGUUAACUACCUCGCCUGGUAUACAGGAGGUUCGUGGGUUCGAUCCUGACCCUGGCGCCUGCUGUGUAUUUGUAGCUUGCGUGUCUCUCUCCCCAUGGUCGCAUGGAUUUGUCUCCGGGUCCUCCGGUGUUUCCCUCCACGUGUAAGAGUAUUUGGCUGCUAUAGAUUACCACGUGAUGAGCCACUUUGUUGAGAGGUCAUUUGUGGCAGCCAGGUCGCUUCUCAAAAAGAGCGAAUAGCUCAGUGGGCCUUGCCUGGUAAAAUAAAAUAAAAAAUAUAUAUAGUAGUAUAGCCCGUGCAGCCCCUCAUGGUGGCCUCGUCUAAGUGUGUCUAGGCUGAUGCGGGGGGGAGGGGGGGUCAUGAUUCGUGCAGAAGCACGAUUAGCAAGCAUGCGGCCCGCUAAGGUGAAGGAGGGCUGCUCAUGUGGCCCACCAACUGGUCUGGGUUGCCCAUCACUGAGGUAGAGGGUUUCACGACAUACAUUCGGCAACAUCAUUACUUGACCGACCCAGAAAAAAAAACAAUCGUGCAUCGCAACAUUGACUGUGAAAACCUAUGCGUUAACUUAAUCUUUUUUUUUUAAACAGUACAUGUAGAGUGGCUGAAAGUGAUAUUGCUUAUAGUAACAACUUUGGAGGGCACUUAAUCUUUGAGUCGCAACACCGUAACAGCAAUGAAUUCACCGUCUGAGGGUGCAGAGCUGCUCGGGUGCAGUGUGGUGCGUGUGUGUGGGCAUCAGGUGAUUGAGCGGCGCCUCUGUGCCAGAUCGUGCGACUGUCCACGAUGAGUACCCACUGGUGUCAAUGUUCAGCUCCUGCAGCACCGCAAGGGUAUCUUGCCUCACCCCCCACCCCCCACCCCCCUUGCUUACCGACCUCUCGUAACGUCGGGAUGACACCUCGGGAGGAAUCCCAGUGCCGCUUCUCGGCCCGAGGGUCGACUGCCGCCCGCUGAGCCGCGGUUAACUUCGGCGACCCUCUCUCCUUCAUCAACGAGACUCAUCCUCGCCUCGUGGAGUUCUACACCUGGUGAAAAGAAUUCAACUUGAAAUGUGCCGCCAGCACAUCUUAGGAAGUAUUUCUGCAGAGAGUCUCUACAUCGUACCAAGUCCCAUGACGCCAGCUCCUAAACUUUCCUGGAAUGUCAUAAACCAGAAGUUUCCGUGUUCCUUCUCUUCAAAGAGAAUCAUAGGCUCAAGAGUUAACCAGCCUCACGUAUAUAAAGCUCCUUCUUUAUUCACAACUCCGUAUUAUUUGCUGACAGUAAACAAACACAAAUCCUUGGAAUGCGUACACCGCAACCGUAUUGUUCGAGAGUUGUCACUGCCCACUCUUGCUUUUUUUACGAGUCCCACGGACCAGAGAAGAAGUUGGUACGACUUGAGGGUAGCAACCCUCUCGUCGAGUGUUCUUCAUUGCAAGGCCUGCGGGCCACUGGUGGCCUUUAGUGCGGCCCCUGACAGUGCAACAAAUUGUGAAAACACCCCCAUCAUCAUCAUGAUGCUGUCAAACCCCCAAUGGUUUCAAAUGUGUGGCGGCCCUCACACUGACGAUGUCUUUUCGGCAGCCAAAGCGACACCACUCUGAAAAUUUAGUGAAGAACACUGCUCUCUAGUAUGUACCAAUUUAUAUGGCUAAUGAGACUGAAAUACUUGUUAUCCCCACUCAUUUCAAGUGGUUAUCUCACAAUUCACCUUUAUAUUAGCCGCAUUAAAGACAUUGGCACCACGAGAGUUAUGCAACCCCAGGUGGCACCGACAAGUGAGAUAGUUGGUUCGGGGCCCAUGGACUCUGGACGGGGCCGAGGGAGGCCAUGGUCGUCCUGACUCCCAGUAGGGCGUGUGGAUAGCGCUGCCCCACACAGGGCCCCAUCACGUGUGUACUUUGAACGUCAUUCGCUCCACCGCAUGUAGCCAACCGUGCUAAUCGGAGAUGCGGGGUGACGGACAACGGACUUCACACAAAAAGCAGUUCAAAAGAAAUUAGUUUAUGUAUGAUUAGAGCCACAGCUGAUCCUCUCCACGGGGCAGGCCACCUGCCAAACCCCACCGCCCGUCGGUGAUAUGCUUCUGCUGCUGCUGCUGCCGCUGCUGCUGCUGCUGUCACUGUUGUUGUUGCUGCUGCUGCUGCUGUUGCCUCGUAAUCCCGCUGACUAUGGAGUUGAUGAUAUAUUGCGCCCGGCACGCAAACGGCCUCGCUUUGUAGGGCACAGACUCGGCAAUCGGCGAUGUCAAAGGGCCCCUUGAACCGGGCGGACGAAGGCAUGUGUCCGCUGAGGCGCGUCUUAUCUGUCCGAUGGCAGCGAGGGAUGCGACAGUCUCCAGGAGCGCCGCAGCGAGGGUGGCCACCCUUUCCGCAGACGAACCAUGGGACGUGUUUCUCAUUCAGCCCGGGGCCAUUAUGAAAACUGUGAUCAAGUUUCAGCUCGAUACCGGCGCCAGAUCUCGGUACGGAUCGAGUCCUGCCACUCAGAACAGCAGAUGCCAGUUGCCCGGAUUGCCCUGGUCAAACUCGGACAGGUGGCAACCAUAAACACACCACUGGCCACACACCACUGGCCACACAUGACCGGGCCCGUUUUGUUGCAGUUAUGUCGUGUUGUGAGUUGAUGUCUGAGCUUAUCUGAGGUCUCGUAGGUCCCAACCCCCUCGUCAAAUAGACAGUAGAGCGUGCACCGUCAAACACCAAACUAUUACUCGAUUGUUCAUCCCCUUGCAUCGGUGUCAUUGCGCUCCCUCGUAAAUAUCUCACUUUGCAACGAGACAACAGCCGUUUCGGUCGCAUAUCGGCCUCCUUCAUCUCGGUGUGGCAAAAUAUUCUCCUGGUAUUUAUAUAUCCGCUGUAGUCGGUGGUGCGCGCGUGUGUGAAGUCCGCUCAGUGUUUCAGUGGUUGCAAAGUGCUGCGGCUGCGUUGGUGACCCAUGUCACGUGACUGGAUUAACAAGGCAAUGCGUUAUUAGUUUUGUGGUCUUUAAAAAAAAAUCACCCGCGAGUCUUGAGUGAGCUUCAAGUCACUGCUGCAUGCUUCAAAUGAAUCCAGCAAACCGUUACGCUGCUUACGUGUGGGUGAUAACCGGGCCCACACCUGCACACACCCGCGUUGUAAAUAAACUCAAAUACACAC